AUGGCUUCCAGUUUGCAGCCAUGGGUUCUCCUCCUCAUCUUCCCCCUCCUCUGUUUGGUGCUUAGCCCCGCAGCACUUGCGGCAGUGUUCAACGAUAACUUCGUGGCAGUAGGGGGUACAGAUAGUAAUCACCUAGUUGAUCAGGGGACAGCAGUUCGUCUCGUCUUGGAUAAGAGCUCCGGGGCUGGAUUUAGUUCCAAGGAGGCGUAUGGUUCAGGGUUCUUCCAUAUGAGGAUCAAGACACCGCCCGGGUACAGUGCCGGAGUCGUAACGGCCUUCUAUCUGAGUCUCACAAUGGAACCCGAGCAAGGUGACCACAAUGAGGUGGAUUUGGAGUUCCUGGGCAACGUGGACGGCAAGCCGGUCAUUCUCCAGACCAACAUCUUCCUAAACGGCAAAGGUGACAGUGAGCAGAGGUACGAGCUGUGGUUCGACGCUGGAGCCGAUUUCCAUGACUACAAGAUACUCUGGAACCCCUACCAGCUCGUGGUGUUCGUCGACGACACGCCGAUACGGGUGCUCAAGAACCUCGCGCCCAGCCAGUUCCCGGUGAGGCCGUUCAAGAUCCGGGCGAGCAUCUGGGACGGCUCCGAUUGGGCGACGGGCAAUGUCAAAUACAGGGUCGACUAUAACCGUGCGCCGUUCACCACUGUGUUUCAGGACUUCGACGUCAAUGGCUGCCCCGCCACCGGUGGCGCGUCGUGUGGCUCGCCGAGCCUGUCGUGGAACGCAAUCCAGAGCCUGACGCCCGCGCAGUGGGAGGCGUACAAGGACGCCAAGAGCAAGCACAUGACCUACGACUACUGUACCAAUAAGGACAGGGCGUACGCCCAGCUGCCGGGAGAGUGCAACAACAACUAA